GAAGAAAUUGAAAUGAAAGAAUAUAAAUAUAAAUUGACAGUGUCAAAUUUUCCAACUCAUUGGGGUGAAAAUGAAUUAAAGGAAUUCAUUUUGAAAUUGCAUGGCCCAGUAGAUAUGUUUUACAUGUCAAUAGAUAAGCGGCAUUAUUUUGUCGGCACUAUACAGCUACAUUUUAGCACAAAAGAUGAUUGGAAGAAGGCGUGGGAUGAGUUUAAUGGAAAAUGUGCUGAUGACCAGAGGAUAUUUGCUCAUGUUGAUGAUUUCAUGGACUCAGAUACCGACACGGAAAGUGCAGAGCCUCCAAUCAAAAAGAUAAGAGAGAACAUAGAACCAGAGGAUAAUUCAAAGUCCGACAUUGAUGUAUGGGAAACUGAUCCCAAAGGCUUGUACGGAUUGAAACCCGAGUUCUUACAGACUUUAGGAAUAACACCACCAAUAGACAGAUGGGUGCAUGUUUCUAAUGUAAGGUGUGACAAGAAUGAACUAAAAGAAGUAAUGGAGUUAGCAGGAGAGGUGUUAAUGUGCACUGUGUCAUUCUUUGCUGCCAAUGUGAAAUAUGCGAAGGUCAUGUAUUCUCAUCCUUUAGAGGCAGUUCAGGCAAUAUCAAUGUUAAAUGACCAAGAACUAUAUGGAGCGAAGCUUAAAAUAGUAAUGGACCACCUUGAUAGUAAUCUUACACACGUACUGCCAAAGGGACUCAAAUCUGUGGGACCAGGUUUAGGAGUUAUGGGUGUUCAUUUAAGGGAUGUUGUCCGCCAAUAUGAACGAUAUGUUAAAGGCUUCAACUCUGGUGUUAACAAGGAGUUUUUUCUAGAAAUAGAUGGCCACAAUUACUGCAAAACUGUCUCCCGAAAUAGAUCGCGGAAUUAUUCUCAAGGUCAUGUAACAAAAUCUUUGAAUUUGAUGCCUUUAAGGCAUCAAAUACCGCAACCUGUACCACCAGCAUCUUAUGCUGGCAAUUAUAGACCUAACGGUCCUAUUAAUUAUGGUUCUCAGACCAACCCUGGACAUAUGGGGCAUCCUGUAAUACCCAGUCAUAUGUGUCCUAUGCCCAAUCCUGGUCCUUCAGGGCCGAUGGUCCCUAACAUUCCAUUGAAUUGCCCUGUGGGUCCAGUUGGGCCUAUUGGGCCAGUAUGUCCCCCACGGCAAAUGGGUCCAAAUAUCCCGGUUAAUGGCCCACGACCCGUGGGGCCAGUACCUGCACCUGUCGGCCUCGUACCAAGACCUGGUAACCCCGGUGUAGGACCACGAGGGCCAGUUGCAGCCGUUGCUGGUCAGAGUCCCAGUGCUAGUCCGGGUCCGAUGAGUACUGUAGCAGUACAGCAACCUCAAGAACAUGUUACAGUGGAGCUUAGUAAUCUUCCACUGUCAACGACAUUCCCGUUGCUCUGCGACAAGAUGGCGCAGUGCGGUGCGGUAAUGUCCCUGCAGUUAGGCGCGCCGGGCUGCGCCAUCGUACAGUUCGCCAACCGCAUGUCUGCUGAGAAAUGCCACAAGCAAUACAAUCAAUGCCUCGUUAUGGGUAACGUGAUUGAGGUGAAAUUCCUUUAAACACGGUCAUUGCGGUGGGUAUGUAUACUCUUUAUUUUCAGGAUUAUAUUUUCUUCAAUUCCCGCAGUUGUUUACAUCAAUUCAAUUCGGAAGGUUUAACAUCUCUUCCAAAGGUAAUUGUUUCUAUCAGUUUUUUAAAAGUACUAAGUCUAUCAGUAUUUAUGCAAGAAAAGUCUAGGUAGCACUUACGAAAUUACACGAAAUUACACGACGCGUUAUUUAAAACAAGAUGUAUUCUAGAUAGGGUUGCAAUGCAUGUAUAAUAUACAUAACGGAAGCAGUGUGCCCUUCAAAGGGAAGGGACUUCUGGGAUUGGUAACCUUUUCAACCCGUUACACGUCUUAGAGACACACGAUGUUCCUAACGAUUUUGGUACUGUUCUAGAGCCACGUCGUGUCUCUAAAGUGCAGCUGUGUUUUCAUCCACUAUUAUAUAUAUAUAUAAAAAAUAUUUUUACCUGCAUCGUUAGGGCAACGUGAGUUUCUAGGAUGCGUACAACUCUAUUUCCAGGGCUGGGCAAAAUACUUACUGUCUUAAUUAAAAUAUAACACAAAAUAUAUUUUACUCCAAAAAGCCAAUAAUGUUACCAUUUUGUGUUGUAAUGUUACCAUUUCAUUGUGUGCGUUAUUUAUUUCUAAGCUAACAACCGUCGAGACCAAUUUAAUGAGCCCAUAGACCAUAUGUUCCCAAACGUUUUGACUCACCGCCUUUAGUAGGCAAGAUAAACAAAUUUCAACCGUCCCCCUAGGACACUUCACCGCCCACUGGGGGGUAAGGACCACUUUGGGAAACGAUGCCAUAGACUAUACUUCUACUGUAGGCGGUUGAGGAGUUGGGUAGUCUGCAGGCUGUCCUGGUUGCAGCAUUAGAUCAAAUUUACCAUGUUUAUUGCAGUGUCAUCGGAUUUCCGUAGUAUAUACGAAGUGAAAUAAAUAUUCAUUUCAUAACUGAGGUCCGUACACUAAUUGGGAAAAGAACUGAUGACCUUUAAACAAUUGGUCAGAUGAUUAUUACAACAAAGAUCGAAUAUAAAAGAUCGAUAUCGAUAAUAAAAGAUCACCUGUGGCUCAGUUGGUAAGAGCAAUGCUACGGUGCAGCAUGGUCGUGGGUUCAAGUCCCACUGGGUCGAAGAAAUUUUUCUGUGUUCUAUUUUUGUGUUAAUAAUCAUAACAAAACUAGUGGAAUUAUUCCACAUAAAGUCUAUAUAAUACAGUUGGUCAGAUGUUCAUCAAAUAUAGUUACGGACUAUUUCGAUUAAAUUAACCUUAAAAAAAAAUAUUAAAUCAGUCCAUCCGUUUGGGAGCUACGAUAUUACAGCAAAC